CUGUUUGCUUCUGUUUGGUUCCUAGAGGACACGGUAAAAGGUUUCCGUUGCACAACGUUUUUGCAACGGUUAGCUAACUUUGGAGUUGAGCAAAGGAGCGAGUGCACCCCCUGUUGGUGAGAGAAUGCCAGUGAACAGUAAAAAGGUAGAGCAACAUUGUCACAUCCAGUUGUGACAUCUGCUGGAUAUGGCACGUUGCCCCAUAUCUCCAUCACCAAAACAUUUUUUAACAAUCUCAGGGACCUGUCAGUUCUUUCAUCCAAAGCUCCGUUCAUUUUAGGGUGGUAGCUGAUAGGCUACAUCUACACAGCUUCUCCCCUCAGCCAAACAGUGACAGGCUCAAGCUUGAAAUGAGGCAUUUUGGCUUUAAUUUCAACAUUACAUUUUGUUCGCAAGCUUUGGGUAGCUCACCAAAAAAAUGUGAUGAUAAGCGAGGUUCCACCAAAGAUGCUCCUGCGCAGAUUUUGAAUGUGACUGAGCGCACAGACUCCGCUGUGGGUAGCCUGCUAUUGCAUCCACUUACGCAACGGACAGCUUCAGUCAGCCAGGGUGAAAUGAAAACACGCAUUUUGUAUUUCCAUGUUUGUCUAAUCCGUCUGAUUUCUGAAGGGAUUAACGGACCAAUCAUGAAUAUUGAGAGACCGCCUGUUCGCUCACUGGGAGCAGAUCACCGUCCGCUCGUGGACUCACUCCGUCUGAAGCUGGACCGGCUGCCGUCAAACCAUAACAGUACGGAAUAAAACGGAGAACAACAACACAGGAGAAAGUUACUUUACUUUUUAUGACAAAUGUUUCCGACAGCUAGUCAGUCGGGUCAGAGGAUGCGCUCAAGCUAGCCGAUAAAAACUCCACUCUAUGGUGAAGGAAGUUUCUGAUACUGGAUUUUAGUCCACUAAACUCAAGCUUGUGCCACAGAGCGCAGGUUUAGCUUUGGGUCGUUGUGCCUGGUCAAUUUAAGUCGGCACGGAAGGUGAGUUUCUUCAACUGUGGUGAAUUGCAUCUAAAUAAGAUAUCACCAAGAUCUUUCCAGGUAAAUGAUUGACCUUGUCAUGAUGUUUUUUUGUCCUGUCAUUGAUACCAUGUAUUUUCUGUCACUUUUAAAUUAAUUUGUGAUAGUGUGUUGUUAUCCUGUUUGGUUCAAUUGAAAUGUCAGGGGAAUUCUUUCAAAGUCAAAUAGGUCAUUCAUCCAUGUGUGAUGAUAGCCUAUUACUAAGUUGGGUGCUUAGUAAUAGAUAAUUAUUGUCCUUUUACUUAAUUUUAUUAACACGUAAAAGAACUGGACAAAUCCAGUGCCUAAUCAUUCUGCAACUGAUUAUAAAGAAAACGAUUUCGGGUAGGCCUAUUAGAAUACAUUUACAUGUAGCCAAAUCCCUAUUUUAUUUUCUAUAACCUCUUCAUCAAAUGUCUUUGAUGACAACAACAGUUUUAUAUUGUCAGUACAUGCCAGCCACACACAGGCUUCUCAUGUACUGAUGGCCUAUUUCCAUUCCAAAGGAUUAUCCUACGCAGUAAUCAUUGGAUAAAGAGUACAAAGUGAAUUGAAUCCACUACUUUAGGUAUCCUAGGCCUAGUGAGACUAUUUUACCAGAGGCAACAAACAAUGAUCCCUUUUCCUCAUUAUAGGUUCCAAUCAGACUUUUCCUCUUUGCCUUGCCAGCCAAUGGAGGAGGAAGAGGUCCAUAUCACACAAACAUUGGCUCCUGCCAGCUCUCCGCCUCGGUCAAGAGCCUCUGAUGACUGGGGCCUCAUCCUGAGUCUUGUCCCCAAGCCCAGCACACUCUCUCCCUCCUCUCCCUCGCUUUCCCCUCCUCCCCUCCCUCCUCCAGGCUCUGCCGUCUAUUCCCUGCAGUCCAAGGUGAAUAAUCUCUCACAGAGAACCGGAGGGAAAGAGAGAAAGAGGGAGAGGGUGAGGGAGGACAAUAUGGCCUCAGAGCUCCAGGUAGAGGGACCUGUCUCAUUCCAGGCCCUGCCCAAGCAGAAGGGCCGCAGCAGGGGGAGGUGCCACCGCCUGUGCCCUUCCGGCACUUUGACCAGAGGAGGAGGUCCAGCAGUAGUGAAGACGAGGUAGAGGAAGAGGUGGUGGCCAGGGUACAGCUCCACACCGACCCGACUGAACCACAGAGGGAGAAGGAGAGCUGGGGUGCCAUGGGGAAGGGGGCAGAGAAGGGGGAGAGGGGAGGCCCGGCUGGGAGUGUGCUGGGGCAGCCUCGCGGUUUGGGGGAGGGGGCCAGCUUGGAGAGCUUGGAGAACAUCCAGUCAGACAGCACCAGCGCAACCAAGGAGGACCCCCCUCCUUCUUCAAAGCCCGCUCCUGCAUCCUCCUCCACCUCUUCUAACUCCUCUCACAGACACUGGGCACCUCCUAAAGGAUUUUGGAGGGUAGCACGCCCAGAGACUCUGGUUCUGAAUAGAGUGAGCACUCAGUCUACUGUGGGCACUCAGACUACAAUGCCCAUACUCUCGUCUUUUGUACGUCUGAAGGAUGAACCCCCUGCGAAUGCCACCUUCUCAGGGCCCCAGAGUAAGUCAAGACUGGCUUCUGUGGAUUCUGUAGACGAGGACAUGGACGAGAGUGAAGGGUGUUGGAACAUGCUGCGUUCGGACAGCCUGGACUGCUACCUGGAGAGGUGUGAUAAGAAAGAAGCGAAGGAGCCUAUGGAUCCCGUGGGGGGGCUGUGGAGGGCGGAGAGCUGGGAAAGUGUGUGCUCACAGGAAGGGACGCUUUCGCUGGGGGAUACAGUGGAGGCCAACCAGAGAGCAAGAGGGCGGUCAGUGAACAGACGAAGGAACACCAAGAGAGGAGAGGAGAAAGGCGGCGUGGACAUCCCAUACCUCUGUGUUGACCUGAUAGACAAGAGAGAUGUGUCUCCAGAUGCAUCUGCCUCCUGGAACAAUGAGUGGGAUUUAACCAUUCCACAACAGGAGCUGCUUGAACUUCCCGGCUCACACUUCAACACUGAGGAACUUCCUCUGAGCCCCAGACAUGAGCAGGCCAUGCUCCUGCUGGAGAGGGCUCGGUUAAAAGCCCGCUUCAAUCACACCAAAGGGGAACGCCCUCAAACCCGCCGCUCCCAUUCUGCCCAGAGAUACAACCCCAAGAGGCAGCAGUCUGGGAUUGAGUCAGCACUGGUCCAAAAGGCUGUGGCUGUUAAACCCAAGGAAGAGCUGACAGCCCCUCCCUCAUCAGGUCCACUCCUGGUCCCACAAAGCAGAGACCUCUCCCCUGGGGGGCAUAAUCGUCGGUAUGGUAACUCACCCACAAGGGUGCGGUUUGAGGAUGAAUCAGAGAAGGAGGCAGAGUCUCGCUACCUGGAUCGGGUGAGGGAGCGUGGGCGGGCCACGGGACAGAAAUCCAAGGGCACUCUGGAAAAGAAGGCAGAGUCUAGCAUAAGCAUUACAGGCCUUACUCCAAGACUGGAGGAUGUUGGUUUCACGAACGCUGCAUCUACCCAGGUAACAGAGGUAGUGGUGGUGUUGAGGAAAUGUGAGGCUUGUGGAUCCAUUCUUAGGGAUCCUCCAGUGCCCGAACCAGAGACUCAGUCCGGCAAUGCGGAGGAGAAUCAAGGCAGGAAGGUCUCUCGCUAUGGCCCCCCUGCCCAAUCAGACGGGAUCCCCCAACCAGAUCAGCCCAGCAGCAUCCACCCCAAAGCGGCUGGGGUCACCUUCGGUGAGGUCCUGAUUCUGGGAGAGGAUAAAGAGGGCGGGGCCGGGGGUGGAGUGGGGGAGAGGUCCUCCGGUUUUGGGAAGUUGAGGAGGCGCAGCAGGAAGGGAGAGAGCCGGCUGAAACGGGUCGGCUCGGGACAUGGCCCCUAUGGUGCCUCGUGGGCCCACCGUCGAAACUCCAACCCCAGAAACAGGGUCAAUGUGUGCAGGCGAGCCGUCACCUUUGCUCUAGGCAGUCCUGUAGCUCUGGACCGCCCUCUGGUGGGAGCCUCCGGAAACAGCAGCCCCAAGGAUAGUGACGCCCCCACCCCGCCACUGCCCAUUAAGUCCGCUCUGAAGUCAGGCUGCAAGAGCAGGGCAAGUGGGCAGCGUGUGGUAAAGCUCCUGCCCUCGGUUCAGUAUCACCGCAUCAACCUAGAUGAGGGAGCAGGGGGAAGCCCACAGCAUGACCUCAUCACCACAGAGCAUCAUGGGGAGGGUCCUAUCUCUGCCCCCUCAGGGUCUCCCCCUAACGCCGCCUUAGUCCCCUGCAUCCGACCAUCGUCCCUCAGGUACUCCCCUGCAAGGAUCACCCCUGACCUCCCCCCUGCGGAACUCUGGGAAACUGCUGCAGAUGGAGCUGGUCUGGCGCUGAGCGGAGACGUGUGUCGAGAUCUGCUGGUGGCUCUUCCAGAGUGCCGCCCUGCGCUGCGCUGCUUGGGCGUGUCCCGAGCAGAGGACCUGAGGGCAGAGUUAUUGAGAGCGGAGCACCUGAAGGCAGAGGCUCAGUGGGAGGAUGGCCAAGAGGGGGCUCGGAGGUCUAUGGCAGAGCGGGAUGGCAGACCCAAGCUAUCUCUGCGACGGUUCUUCUCCUCCAUCGGGCUACACAGUGUGGGCAGGCUGGUGAAGGGAGGGCGCUCCAGCAGCAUGGAACAGCUCAGCAUCUCAGCGCCGCGGGCCAGCUCGGCCUCACCCAGCCCCACCCACAGCCCUCACACCAACACCCGCCUGCAGAGGACCCCCUCACUACAGGCCCUGCACACAGUGUCCCCACUGGCCCAGCUUCGGAAAGCCUCCUCUGUGCAGAGUCUGGAGAGGAGAGUGGAGCGUUCUACCAUUCUGGGAGAGGUGUCUGUGCCUAACAGCCUGGCACCCAGGAUGAUCCAGAGAGCCCUGAGCGUGGAAGAUGUGUUAGCACCUCGAGUGGUGCGUCCCAUGGGUCCAAUGGGUAGGGUCGUCCAGGCCUUCCCUGAUGGGACCCUCUGGUUGGAGCUCACCAGACCCCCUAACGGCCCUUUUGGGUUCGUCAUCUCACGGGGCAAAGGUCGACCGGUCACAGGUGUGUACGUGGAGCAGGUAGGGGACGGUACUGAGGAGGGCCUGUACUCUGGGCUCCUGGGUGUUGGGGAUGAGAUUCUGGAGGUGAACGGGGAGACAGUGGCUGGACUGACCCUGGAUCUGGUGACACGCCUCAUGACCCGUGACAGCACUGCCUCUAUCCGUGUCCUGCCACACCGUCGGAACCAUCGCUAAGCAAUGGAAUAUUCCAUUAUCCAUUUCAAUGAAAAAACACACUGGAUACUGCGCCAUGAUGAUGUCAUGACGAAAACUUGAGAAUGGAAAUAGGCAUAAAGAGAUAUUUUUAACUCAGGGAGAACAAAAGGAAGGACAUAACACAUCUCCUUUUCUAUUAUUAGGCCUAAUCUUUGAAGAUUCAGGCAAAUGUUUGUGAAUCAAAACAGAUAAAACAAAGCAUAAAGAAAAUGUUGCCCUGAAGAUGCAAGUGAGAUGAUCGACAGUGCCUUCAGAAAGUAUUCAUACCUCUUGACUUAUUCCACAUGUUGUUGCUGCAGCCUAAAUUCCAAAUGGAUGAUAUUGAUUUUAUUUUCUCACCCAUCUACACACAAUACCCCAUAAUGACAAAGUGAAAUCAUGUUUUUAGAAA